AAGCCAACGGGCUCGAAAGCAGCAUUUUUCCCUGAAGGGGAGGGAGCUGCACAGCUCUUUGGCAGACAGAGCUGCCUUCACUGUCUUCUCACCUCUUUGAAGGCGGCGCACAUGAAGGCCUCUCAGCACUUUGGCAGACAUGGUUUUGACCAUGACAAGAUUGCCGCAGUGCUGAGCAGUGGCAAGAAGGAAGAAGUGCUGCCAGUGUUGAGAGCUCUGAUCUCGGCUGGCAAAGCUACCAUUGGAUCACUCCAGGUUGUGGAUCGCAUUGGCCGCUUGCUGAGGGACCGGGACCCGGAUGUGGCCUCCACGGCAGCUGAGCUUCUAAUAGCAGCGGAUGCAGCGGGGCGAUACGAGGAGGCCUUGAUCCUGAUGCUGCAGCGGCGGGAGGAUGCUUGUGUCAUGGCGGCCUUGUCAGCCUUCUCCAAGCUGGGCUCCAAGAUCAGCCCAUCCCGCAAGGAUUUGGUGGUCCACCACAUUGCGACUUGCUUGUCUGGCAGCCGCCAGGUGCAUUGCCGCGCCUUGCGCACCUUGGGAGAGCUUCGGGCCACCCGGCAAGCCUUGGACAUCCAGAAUCGUUUGGAGAACCAGAAGGCACUGUUUCGCACAAAGCCUGCAGAAGAGGUGCGGCAGCUCCAAGAUGGUGCCCAGGAGCAAGAAGUGGCGAAGUUGAGGGAGCAGAUGAUGCACCUCGCAUCUCAUUGCUCUGAGUUGGCAAAGGCCAGAGGGGAUGCCUCUCGCUUGGCCGAAGGCUUGAAAGAAGUUCAGGAAGCUCUUGCUGAGUCAGAAAGGAGUGCAGACCAGCAGGACAAGCCGGAAGUGACGAAGUUGAGGGAGCAGAUGAUGCACUUGACUUCCGACUUGGCCAAGGCCACAGGAGAUGCUUCCCGCCUAGCUGAGGAGCUGAAGGAAGCGCAGCAGGCUCUUGCAGAGUCGGAAAGGAGUGCAGACCAGCAGGCGCAGCAGUUCCUGCAGAAGGAAUGGUGCUGGAAGAAUGAGACUGCGAAAUUAGAGGAAGCAGAAAGCUUUGCAGAAGCAGCUGCACAAGAGAAGGACGUGUUGCGCAUGGAGCUUGCAGAGAAAGUAAGACAGCUACAAGAACGUGCUCAGGAGGAGCAGGAAGUGGCGAAGUUGAGGGAGCAGAUGAUGCACCUCGCGUCCCAUUGUUCUGACUUGGCAGGGAAUGCCUCUCGCUCGGCCGCAGACUUGAAGGAAGCGCAGGAAGCUCUUGCUGAGUCAGAAAGGAGCGCAGACCAGCAGGCGCAGCAGUUUCUGCAGAAGGAAUGGUGCUGGAAGAACGAGACUGCGAAAUUAGAGAAAGCAGAAGAGUUUGCAGAAGCAGCUGCACAAGAGAAGGUCGUGUUGCGCACAGAGCUGGCAGAAAAAGUGAGGCAGCUACAAGAAGCUCAGGCGCAGCAGUUCCUGCAGAAGGAAUGGUGCUGGAAGAACGAGACUGCGAAAUUAGAGGAAGCAGAAAGCUUUGCAGAAGCAGCUGCGCAAGAAAAGGCCAUGUUGCGCACAGAGCUUGCAGAAAAGGAGGAACGUCUACAAAAAGAGUUGCCGGAAGCACAACAGGUUUUUGCUCAAUCUGAGGCAGCACAAAGGCUUGCGGAAGCAGCUGCGAAAGAGAAGGCCGUGUUGCGCACAGCACUCGAAGAAAAGGAGAAACGGCUACAAAAAGCAGCUCAGGAGUUGACGGAAGCACAACAGUCCGAGAAGCGUGCAGAGCAAGAGAAGGCCGUGCUGCGCACAGCACUCGAAGAAAAGGAGAAACGCCUACAAAAAGCAGCUCAGGAGUUGACGGAAGCACAACAGUCCGAGAAGCGUGCAGAGCAAGAGAUGGCAAAGUUGGAGGAAGCACAAAGGCUUGCGGAAGCAGCUGCACAAGAGAAGGCCGUGCUGCGAACAGCACUCGAAGAAAAGGAGAAACGCCUACAAAAAGCAGCUCAGGAGUUGACGGAAGCUCAACAGUCCGGGAAGCGUGCAGAGCAAGAGAUGGCAAAGUUGGAGGAAGCACAAAGGCUUGCGGAAGCAGCUGCGCAAGAGAAGGCCGUGCUGCGAACAGCACUCGAAGAAAAGGAGAAACGCCUACAAAAAGCAGCUCAGGAGUUGACGGAAGCACAACAGUCCGAGAAGCGUGCAGAGGAAGAGAUGGCAAAGUUGGAGGAAGCACAAAGGCUUGCGGAAGCAGCUGCGCAAGAGAAGGAAAGGGCUCCAAGUGAGAAGGCAAAGGAAGGCUCUGACAGCUCAACUGCAGAUAUGGAGCGUGGCCCGUGGGACUCUCCACGAACGCUGGACUCAUGCACGAGUGAGGGAUCGCCGAAGGAGGUUGGGCCAGGCGGCUCUUUUCACAGCGCCGGUGGGAAACAGCCCGCUGCUCCUGCUGCUUCGGAUGGGUUGACGCCAUCUUCAACCAAGCAGGUCAAUGACGUUUCUGAUUUGGCAUCUUUGUCAACAUUGUCCACCUCGCCGCCUGCCAUGAACAAGGAUCUGCACCAGGUAUCGCUUGGUCAAGAUGGUGGUGAAGCCCGAGUCGUCGUGUCUUGCCCGGAGGCGCACUAUGACAAGGUCCAAAAGAUUUGCAUGGAGCUGGACAUUGUUCAGGCUUUUGGCAGAAAGGGUGACUAUGUUGAUGACCUAGAUGGUGAUGAAUGGUUUGGCAAGUGGCAAUCUCGAGUUGUGGCUUCUGCUACUACCGCCCUACAGACAAGGAAAUGCAAAAAUGCCGAGCUCUUUUGCAUCGCAGGUGGCAAGCAUUGCCACAAAGAGGUUGGGAAUCAACCCAUGCUGAUUGAAGCUAUCGAAAAGGCUAUGAAGGAAUCGAAGUUACCAGCCGUGAAAAUCAGGUUUUCAUGGAUGAAGGUGGAGCAGUUCGAAGAGCACAUCCGAAAGUUGGCGGAAGAGGAGAUCCAAAAGGAUGCAAAGCUUCGAAAGAGAAAGCUGCUCGAUCUUCUUGAGGAAGACCCUCAGGCCGCCGAGCUGUUUGCAAAGCUCACCGACUAUGUGGAACUUGAUGAGAAGUCCAAGCGCUUGGUGAUCAUAGGCGACACAGGAGCUGGGAAAAGCACUUUCUGCGGUUUGUUGGAUGGCUCUCUGCAGAAGUUGAAGAAGGGCGUUGACGACAAGGGCAUGCCAUUGUGGGAGUGGGAGUCCAACUUUAAGCUUGGCCACAAAGCCAGCUCAGAGACCGACCAGCCCCAGUUGCGCAAGUGCUAUGCCUUUGGCCAAGACGGAGAGGACCCCGUCCCACUCCUUCUCAUGGACACACCUGGUUUGGAAGAUAGCAGAGGCAAGAAGAAAGACGACGAUCACAUGGCCGAGGUGGCCAAGUGGGUCAAUGGCCUUCGGUACAUUCAUGGAAUUGUGAUUCUCCUCAAGAACGAUACUCGUAUCUCGCGCGGCCUUCGGAACAACCUCGAAUUCUUCCAAUCGAUUUUUGGGACUGACAUGUGGGUCCACGCCACCGUGGUUGUGAACAGGUGGCCCCAGGAUUCAAGAUCAAGGAAGAAGCGUGCAGAAGGAGGUCUUCAGUCAACUGCACAAUUUGAAGAAGAGUUUCGUGGUGUCCUCCAGAAACCGCGUCCCAAAGAUGCCACAGGCGAUGAUUGUGGAGUUGGCUUGGCGGAAGACAAAGCCCGGAGGCUUCCUUUCUACUUUGUGGACACUUUGUAUGACAGAGGCGAAGAGGACGAAAAAAGCAGUAUGCGCAACGAACUCGACAACAUAAGAAGGUGGGCGCUAAGUCUUCAAGAAUGGUUUGUCCAAGCUACGACGCAAUCUCCUGAGCUGAAGAACCUGAUCCAUGUGGUGGAGUCAACAAACCAAGCUGCAGAUCUGGAGACUGCUUUGGAGAAAGCAUUGGGCGUUGAUCCCAGGCCGGCAGAUGUGACACGAAAGAAGGUGGAAGCUGUAAGGAAAGAGAUAGAAGUGAGAUCAACGGCAGACAGGGUAGAUGAGGCAGAAAAGGCGCUUCACAAGUUCGAGGAAACAGGCAACAGGGAGGACGCCCAAACAUUUGUCCAGAAAUUCGGUGCGCUGAAUUCCAAGCAAGCUGCCGCAGUAUCAUCAACCAAGAUGUCUCGGUUGAAUCCUGCCUUCGAAGUCUUGGAAAAAGCCUUGGAAGGAAAGAAAUCAGAGACAGAGACAGCCACUCUUGAAGUGUCGCCGCAAUUUCAUCAACACGCGCAAAGACUCAUUAAGGAGAGAAACGAAGCCUUGACGCAACUGGAUGAAGCGGUCAGAGAAAGCUCGACGGAGAAGGUUGUUCGUGCACUCGCCAAGUGUGACUCUCUAAGAUUGACGGAUCCAAGCAUCCCAAAAGCAAAGACCUGGUUGGAGGAAACGCAGAGUGCAUUGGGACAGCUUGAGAACGCUCACAAGCAAAAGUCUAUGGAAGCCGUAAAACAAGCCCUUGCCCUUUGCGAAUCUCUUAAUCUGCCAGCGGACAAAUUGCAGAUUGCGAGGACCUGGCUAAAGGCUGAAGCGAAGCAGGUUCUUGACACAGCUGUAGAACAAGCAGAGUCCAUCAAGAAGGUCCGAGAAGCGCUACUUUUUUGCGAAUCAGUUGGUGUCCCGCCGGAUGACCUGCGAAAGGCGCACCAUUGGUUGGAGGAUGAGCAGAAGGUUCAGAGGCUUAUCGAGGAGUUCGAUGAAAAAUAUGGCCUCGGGCUGUCGAAGGAAUUUGAUUCUUUCACAAAAGCAGUGAAGUUGUGGGUCAGAGAGCAUGGAGUCACAGGGACGCUUGGGCACAUGGAGACACGCUUUGAGCGGUUGAAACAAAUAGUGAAUGAGUUUCCAAAGAUGACAGAGGUUUCCAAAAUCAAGGUGUGCACGCUGAUCAAAUCAACCAAGUUGAACCCGCAGAGCACCCGCAAGGAAUGGCAGGAUGUGCUAGAUCCGGCAAGAGAACAUGGCAUGAAUGGAUUGCAGUUGCAAAAACUGCAGACAGAUUAUGAUAACCGUUUGUUCUUUCAUGGUGACAUUGUCACCAUGGAAACCAACAGAUGGGAUGAUCACUACGUCUAUGUCAGUGACGAUCACAACUAUGUUUUUGCAAGAAAGAGAUCCACUCUGGAAGGGUAUGAGCUAACGAAAGCCUCAUGGCGGCUGCAUAUCGACGGUGACCUUCAUAAAUUCGAGAGCAUGAAAUGCAGUGGCCGUUACUUGUGCGCAAUGGACCACGAAACAAACAAGCUUUGGGUGGGGAUCAGCAAAGGCAGCAUUGAGGAAGACCGGUGUCGUUGGAAGCUGGAACCAGAUGGCUCAUACUACGGCUUGUGGAACGAGAGGGGAGACUUCACUCAUGCGCUCACGUUCCACAACCAUGAACCAGGUUUUGGGCGGCCAUAUUGCGCGAGGAUACCCCGCAUUGGAGGAUGGGAGAAAGUCUACAUCCGAAGAGUUUGAAGACUCUGAUUACUUCUGAAGAAGAUAUGUUAAUUCAGAAACGACGGUGAAUCGACGUCGCUUGCGGCUUGGCGAAAUCUUUUGGGAUUUUAGCCCGGUGGCUUGCCCUUUUCAUGUUUUGUUGUUGCCAAAGGCAUUUGCUAUAAUAUGUACACAGUCUCCUUGACUGAAGACAGCGCAGGGCCAAGAGCCAAGAAUCUUAUGCUCGGACUUCCCUGUAUCAUGACAAUGCCACAGUUUUAUGACUGGUGCUUCUGAGCUCAGCAUGCUGCCUUGUUUGACGGGAAUGCAGAAGAAAUCCAAAGAUGUCCAGAGG